GGCGCAGCUCAGCUCUUCUCUUUCUGGAGACGACGAUAUAGGCCGCGAUAUCGAAUCAUAUCACGACCGCUCUAACCCGGACUUUACCAACCUUACAUCCACACUACCACUACCACUUCCAGCAAUGCCCAACGUCGUCCUCGUCACGGGCGGCAGCGGCCUCGUCGGCCAGGCCAUCAAGCAUGUGAUCGAAACCGAGCCCGCGGGCUCCCCGUUCGCGAAGCAGCAGGGCGAGACGUGGGUCUUCGCCACGUCUAAGGACGCAGAUCUCAAGGACCCGGCGAGCACGCAGAAGCUGUUCGAAAAGUACAAGCCGACGCAUGUUAUCCAUCUCGCUGCGCAUGUCGGCGGUCUCUUCGCCAACCAAGCCGCUAACCUCACUUUCAUGCGCGACAACAUCCUCAUGAACGACAACGUCCUGCACACCUCGUACGCGCAGGGCGUGACCAAGGUCAUCUCGUGCCUCUCGACGUGCGUCUUCCCCGACAAGGUCGCCUACCCGCUCGACGAGUCCAAGAUCCACCUCGGCCCGCCGCACAACUCCAACUUUGGGUAUUCGCAUGCGAAGCGCCUCGUCGAUGUGCAGAAUCACGCGUACGUUGACGCGUUCCAGCGCAAUGGCGAGAAGGGCAGGCUGUUCACGGCCGCGAUCCCGACGAACGUGUUCGGCCCACACGAUAACUUCGAUCUCCAACAAGCACACGUCAUCCCCGCGCUCAUCCACAAGUGCUACCUCGCGCAAAAGGACGGCGCGCAGUUCGUGCUCCGCGGGACGGGCACGCCGCUGCGGCAGUUCAUCUACUCGCGCGACCUCGCGAAGCUGUUCGUCUGGAUGCUGCGCGCGUACGACUCCGUUGAGCCGCUCAUCCUGAGCGUCGGCGAGGAGGACGAGGUGCCGAUUGCGCAGGUCGCGGGCGGGAUCGUGAAGACGAUGGGGUUCGGGGGGGAGUAUCGCUUCGACAUGGACGAGAACGCCAAUGGCCAGUUCCGCAAGCCGGCGAGCAACGCGAAGCUCACGGGCCAGCUCAAGGCGGCCGGUGUCGACUUCAAGUUCACGCCCUUUGACGAUGCUCUGAGCGAAACUGUUACGUGGUUCCUUCAGAACUAUGACAGCGCUCGUACGGGUAAAGGAAAGCAGUGAGGAUAGAUAGCUUGUAUGAUAACGCCAUUCGUAGCUUGUUGUUGACACUGUGCUUGUGCAACGAUUCACCGUUGUGAUAGACUUCGCCCUACGUUGUUUGCGCGGUUAGCUUAUUGCAGGUUAUAUUCGAGCGACAAUUGAUAGGAUAUGUCACUGAGCACAGAAUGGUUUUAUCUGGGCUGUAUCGGG